ACUAUUCAAGCUUGUAUGUCGCGCUUUAAUGGCAGACGAUACAUAUAAAAAAUACAGAACGUUUUUCAAAGUUUAUGAAUCACCCAACGUUGUUAUCGCUUAUAAUCAUUCGGGCGAUCAAUAUCGCGGCAUAUUGCGAAUCGUAGAACUCGUUACGAUGAGCAGUUUGCUUCUACGCGCGCACUGCGCGCAUUGCUCGUUUCGCGACCGUCGAUCGGGAUCGACGAGCAAAAUGGGUCUAAACAGUUUCUCGGUCAAUAGACGUAUUUUUGAAAAAUUUUUUUUUUACUUGUUUAGCAUUUAUAUCGGACUAUAUGGAAUAGUCACGACAAGCUGGGCCAAGAUAUUGCAGAUCAGCGUCAUUGACACUGAUAGAACCACAACGUGGCAGCAUGACGCCAUUAUUUCAUUGGAAGUGCUUAUUAUUACCAGUAUCGUUCUUUUUCUUAUUGCUUUAUUUGGAUUCGGAUUCAGUAUACUGUAUUUCGAGAAUUCAAAUUUCAGGAAAUGGAAUAUUAUUCUCUGCACGACCGUCGUGUUUGCAGCUUUAUUCUUGAUUGUGAUAAUUACACAAGCAACUGCCGCAAUCAUAAUGCUCGUACAGGUACCGUCGGCCAAAACUGAUUUUACAGAAGCUUUCAAGAAUUACUAUCUUCGAACGGAGGACCAGCGGUUCAUAGAUAAUGUACAGAGCACAUUAGUUUGCUGUGGUAUCUAUUCAUAUCAUGAUUAUGAGGAGAUCCUUCAUAAUCCAACAAUUCCAGGCAGUUGCUGCUUUUCAUCGGAACCAUGCACGUCUAGAGUAGUAUAUAAACACGGUUGUGCAUCUUUGCUAAAUAUUUAUGGACAUACAUUGGCCUACAUCUACUCAAUAAGCAUUUCCACUUUGAUUGAUGUAGUAGCUCAGUUUCUCUGCUUCCUUGUCGGACUGUACCUGGCAAUCUCUAUAAGAAAACGAAACAAUGCAAACAAUCAAGCACCAAAUUAUCAAGAGACACGUGUCACUUCCAGUGAAAAUAAUUUUAUUAAAAUAUUUGACGCUCGUUCUUGAUAUUUUUUAUUUUUUUGGGAGGACUGUAAGACAGAGUCUGAUGCAGGAUCUAAAAAUAAAUAUUAUUAAAUUUUUA